GGUGCCGGUGCCGGCUCGGGGAAAGUUGCGGCGAGCCCCGGUCGGCGGAGGCAGAGCCGGUGGCGGCGGGGCACCGGGGCACGGCGACACCGGGCACGGCGACACCGGGGCUCGGCGACACCGGCGGCACCGGCGGCACCGGCCGAGCAUCCCCCGGGGCGAUGGAGCCGCCGCGGAGCCUCCCGGGGCUGGAGCGGGAGCGCGGCGCGCUGGACGCGGCCGGAGGGUGCCCGUCCCCGCUGGACACCAAGGCCGUGCCCGGCAGGAAGGUCUGGGUCAAGCUGCGGGCGCUGCUGCGGUACCUGGUGAAGCAGCUGGAGACGGGCGAGGUGAACGUGGAGGAGCUGAAGCGCAAUUUGGAAUACGCGGCCUCGCUGCUCGAGGCCGUUUACAUCGACGAGACCAGGCAGGUGCUGGACACGGAGGACGAGCUGCGCGAGAUGGGCUCGGACGCGGCCGUGCCCUCGGAGGUGCGGGACUGGCUCGCGGCCACCUUCACGCAGCAGGCGCGGGCCAAGGGGCGCCGGGCCGAGGAGAAGCCCAAAUUCCGCAGCAUCGUGCACGCCGUGCAGGCCGGGAUCUUCGUGGAGAGGAUGUUCCGCCGGACGUACACGGCCGUGGGGCCGAGCUACUCCUCCUCCGUCCUCAACUGCCUGAAGGGGCUGGACCAGUGGUGCUUUGACGUGUUCUCGCUGCACCGCGCGGCCGAGGAGCACUCGCUGCGCACGGUGGUGUUCGAGCUCUUCACCCGCCACAACCUCAACAGCCGCUUUAAGAUCCCCGGCGCGUUCCUGACGUCGCUGCUGGAGGCGCUGGAAUCGGGCUACGGAAAGUUCCGGAAUCCCUACCACAACCAGGUGCACGCGGCCGACGUCACCCAGACCGUGCACUGCUUCCUGCUGCGCACCGGCAUGCUGCAUUGCCUGUCCGAGAUCGAGGUCCUGGCCAUCGUCUUUGCCGCCGCCAUCCACGACUUCGAGCACACGGGGACAACCAACAGCUUCCACAUCCAGACCAAGUCGGACACCGCCAUCCUGUACAACGACCGCUCGGUGCUGGAGAACCACCACAUCAGCGCCGUGUUCCGCCUGAUGCAGGACGAGGAGCUCAACAUCUUCGUCAACCUCACCAAGGACGAGUUCGCGGAGCUGCGGGCAUUGGUCAUCGAGAUGGUCCUGGCCACCGACAUGUCCUGCCACUUCCAGCAGGUCAAGUCCAUGAAAACGGCGCUGCAGCAGCUGGAGAGGCUGGACAAGUCCAAGGUGCUGUCGCUGCUGCUGCACGCGGCCGACAUCAGCCACCCCACCAAGCAGUGGGCAGUGCACAGCCGCUGGACCAAGGCCCUCAUGGAGGAGUUCUUCCGGCAGGGGGACAAGGAGGCCGAGCUGGGGCUGCCCUUCUCGCCCCUCUGCGACCGCACCUCCACGCUGGUGGCCCAGUCGCAGAUCGGGUUCAUCGACUUCAUCGUGGAGCCGACGUUCUCGGUGCUCACCGACGUGGCCGAGAAGUUGGUGACGCCCCUGGCCGAGGACGGCUCCAAAGCCAAGGGCAACCCCGCGGCCACCCAGCAGCCCAGCUCGCAGUGGCGGCAGCCGUCCCUGGAUGAGCACCUGGAGCUGGGGGACAUCAAAGCCGAUCUGGCCGGGUUCCGCUCCACCUGGACCAAGCACAUCCAGGAGAACAAGCAGAAGUGGAAGGAGAGGGCGGCCAGCGGCAUCACCAACCAGGCGUCCAUCGAUGAGCUCUCACCGUGCGAGGAGCCCGCGGCCCCCGGCCCCCACAGGGAGAACGGGGACGUGGAAUAACAGCGGGAGGAGCGAGGUCCUUGUCCGGCCGAGUGACAGCGUCUCGUCCAAAGUCUUCGAUGCCAUCGAGUUCAGCACCAUCUGCAGGGCAGGAGCCCCCCGGGGCCGGGCUCGGAUCGGUGUCACCCCCGUGCCAGGAUCGGUGUCACCUCUGUGCCAGGAGCCCCCCGGGCUGUCCCCCCUGGUCCCCCCAGCCCGGUCUCCGGUGCCACCGGUCCCUCACUGCCACCCCCGGCCCCCCCGCCGGGCUCGGUCCUUAUGGAUUUUUACAAACGCUUCUCCCGCCCCGCCGGGCGCUCGGGAGGGGCUGGGACGGGGACGGUGGCGCUGGGGACAGCCAGGUGGGACACGCUGUCACCGCGACGGCCACCGCGCUCCCCUCUGAGCCCUCGGGGUCGGGCUGGUGACACCGCGAGGGUGUCCCUGUGCCCCGUCCCCAUCCCGCCCGGGGACAGCGACAGGGACGGGGACGGGGACGGGGAUGGGGAUGGG